CCUCUUGCCUAUCCUAAGCUCCGCCCCUCUGACGAAACCCACUGUUUCUGUUUCCGUUUCCGUAGCUUUUCGGUGCUACAGGAUUCUGUGUCCGGGCCGGGGGGAGGGGUACGGAGUGGGGUGCCUUCGGCGGUCACCCACGAGUCUAGAAUUGACACUUCCCACUCUUUUCUUUCCCCCCGGUUCUCCAGGCCUGUGCUUCCUCAUUUCCGCUCCCCGAGAAUCAUGAGUUUCCCUGGGCAGCAGCAACUGCCGCCGCAGGACCAGGCCCCGCCGGAGCCGCGGUCCCUCGGUCUGGGCUUGGGGCCGCCCGCAGUGAGUUCUGGCGAUGCUUCUCCAGACGAAGGGUUAAUGGAAGACUUGACAGUUGAAAAUAAAGCUCUGGAACAACUAGCACAAGGAUUACUCUCUCAUUAUUUACCAGACUUGGAGAGAUCAAAACAAGCCCUCCAGGAGCUCACACAGAACCAAGUGGUACUACUAGAUACACUAGAGCAAGAGAUUUCAAAAUUCAAAGAAUGCCAUUCUAUUUUGGAUAUUAAUGCUUUGUUUACAGAAGCUAAAUUCUAUCACAACAAGUUAGUGAAUAUAAGAAAAGAGAUGCUGAUGCUUCAUGAAAAGACCUCAAAAUUAAAAAAAAGAGCUCUAAAGCUCCAACAGAAGAGACAGAAAGAAGAAUUGGAGAGGGAACAACAACGAGAAAAAGAAUUUGAAAGAGAGAAACAAUUAACUGCUAAACCAGCGAAAAGGACAUAAAAAACUAAGCAACAGUCAUCUUGUCCAUGUACAUAUGUUUAUUUUUAUAUGUAUAUAUGUGUAUGUGUGUACAUACUGGUUUUUCCCUCCCUUGUUCCCACAUUCUUUGGAUUUAAGAGAGCUUGAUUGGUAGGGUCAGUUUGAUGUAGUGCCUUAUGCCAUUGUUCAGAGUUUUAUGUUUUGCACUCAUCGAAUUACCGUAUCUUCAUUCUAGCCAUUUAGGGUGCCAAGUUUUUCAUUAGUUAUUAAAAUGUAAAUUGGCCUUAAUGUUAUGUGAUAUUUAUCUUUUUUCAGUUUAGCUUUUCUUAUACUUUUACAAAUCAGUUGGAUUUUUGCCUUGACACAUUUAAUAACCAUUGUUUGAUUUCAUCAUUUGACAGAUAUUCAAAGCACCUACUUUGUACAGUGCCCUUAGGCUUAAAAAAAGUCAAGAUCCUGUUACUGAAUAUGUACCAAAUUUUAAAUUAGAUUCUCAUUUUUUCCCAAUGUCUUUGCUCUUUUUUGAGCCAUCUAAUGACUUCUCUACCCCAUGAUUAAAUUGAGAGGGCCUCUUCCAUUGAUUUUAUUAAGAAGAACUCUAAUGAUGUCACCAUGCCAACUGCCUAACAAUACACGCCAUUAACAAGAGGUGCUUUGUAGAAAGCCCAUGUGAAAAACUUGACACAGGAAUAAUGACAUGAUCUCAGUGACAUCUUUGACAUUGGAAAAUGAGCAAAAGAAAAAGUUGUCUUUAGAGAACAGAGACUGUGUAGUUUUUCUUCUGUUUUCAGACUUUGUUUUCAAUGAUGUCAAUUUGUUAUGUCCUUAUGUGCUUAAAGCAUUACUUAAUCUUUAAGCUUAUCAUAUAGCUCCUGUGGUAUUCUAUGAUUCUUGACCCUUCUUCACUUGCACAUUUAUGAUAUUUAGUAACAAUUUUCAAGCACUGAAAUGAUAAUCAAGUAGAUUGGGAUUCUUAAUCUGCAUUUCUUAACUUGCUGAUCUAUUCUCUAGUGCAUCUUGUGACUUCCUAUGUCUCUGGUUAUUUUUUCAUUCUUUGCUUUGCUUCAUUUAUAAAAUGAAAAUGAUGUGUUGCCUACCCUUUUCAUAGUGAUGUAAAAGGUUCAAAAAAAGGUUGGUAAAGAAAGUUCUUUAAGCUCUUUUAAGAAAGACACACACAUUUGGAAACUUAAACUUUUUUCAGAAAAUUUUUGAAUAUAUUGCAGGAAAAUAUUAUGUGGGGAAAAUUUUAGUUUCACUCUUUAAAAUCCAGGGUGUGCAUAUCCCUCUUUUAACGUUAAGGGGUAUUUGACAGUUGUCUAAUCUCUAUUAUAUAGGGAAUGAACAGAAACCUAGGAGGGCAUAUAAUUACAAUAUGUGUCUUUUCUAGUUCACAUUACAAUCUGCAGAUAUCUUUUUAUUAAUCUGGAAUCUACCUCUGAUCACAUAUCAGGCUAAUACAAAAGGAUAGUAAAAUAUUUGAUUUUGGAAGAAUGCUGAAAAAUAGAUUGAUUAAAACAUUGUGGUUGUUUUUCUUCUUAAAUGAAUGAAUAAUCAUCACAGUAUGCAUUUACUUGACUUUAGACUUAUGAAUGUUAGUUUUACAUGGCCAGAUGUUGAAAUCUAUCUCCUGAAACUGCCUGGGCAGGAUUUGGAUAAAUUAAAGGUUUGAAGAAACAAUAUCACAAAAAUUUCUGUGUAUAAUUUGUUUUAAUUUGGUAGAGUUGAGUGGUCUGAAAUUUUUGAGCUAAAUUAUUCCAUUGUGUGAUCAGUUCUAUUACUUGCCUGCUUUUUAAAAAAAAAGUUUUAAGACAACUCUUAAUAGACAGUAAAUUAUCUUGAGAAUUCUGGGUUGUAUGAGUUACUCAUUUAAUUAGCCAUAUAAAGUAGAUCAUAUGUUUUGUAUGUAUGACAAGACACUUCAGUGAUUUAAUUUUUUGCAUUUCAUAACUUAAGAGUAGCAAGUUGAAAAGCUGAUAUAUAAGUACCAGCUAUUUUUAGGUCAGACAGUAAAUAAAAAACACAAUUACUUAGUAAUUGAAACAAACUUACAGAUUUAGCUUUUUCAAAAUUGAAGAUAGCUCUUAAAGUAUUCAUAAUAUAAGUGUGUAAGAAAUUGAAAGUUACUAAUAGAAAUUCAUUUGGUACUGUAUUGAACCCCAAACCAAUAAACAAUAUAGCUUACUCCUUUGAAUCUUUCCAUAUCCUACUUUAAAAAGAAAUCAUUGCCUUUGUUUUGAAACCAUAUCAUGUAUUUACUGAGGAUAAUUUUGCUUUAACUUGUGAAAAUUUAAAAAUAUUGUCUUCCUAGCAGGUCCUAUGUAGUUUAUACAGACAUUGAAUGUAAUUCAAGUUGUGCAGAUACUGAGGGUUUUUUUUUUUUUGAUGUUGUCAAAAGUUAUUCCAGGUAUACUUUGUUAGUCUGAUUUUUGAGCUUAUAAAACAGAUAUUUUUUACAUGUUUAAUAAAAAGUGGCUUAUGAAAUUA